AUGCGUGAUCAGAUAAUCCGGAACAUUCAAUCGAUAGUCCCGUCGACACCUCUUCACCUUAUUUCUCAAGGUGCAGAGGCUCUGAUAUUUAUCAGUGAUCACCAUCCUUAUCUUCCAUCAGAUUUGAAGGGUCUAGAUUUGGAUAAUGCUACCAAAUACAUCAUAAAAUACCGUCCUCCAAAACCUUACAGGCAUCCCAAACUUGAUAGGCAGAUCACAGCUACCAGAACUUCAUCCGAGGCCAAACUUCUUCAUAAACUUUUCCAGUUGGGAGUAAAGGCCCCUAAGUUGGUGGCCAUGGAUGCUCCGAACGGACUCAUUUGGAUGGAGUUUCUAGGCUACAAACUUCCCAACGGGAACUUCAGCUCUUUGAAGAACUGGCUAUGGAUUUUGGAAGAGCAAUCUACUAAAGAGAAUCUGAUAGCAUUAGAUGAUAAUGUUAAGGACUGCUGUACUAGUAUAGGUCGUUUGAUAGGAAUCCUUCACUUAAAUGGAAUAGUUCACGGAGAUCUCACAUCUUCUAAUAUAGUGUUGACGGACGAAGAGACGCAUAAACCAAGUCUUAUAGACUUUGGACUUUCUUCAUAUUCUGGAAUGCCAGAGGACAAAGCUGUGGAUUUGUAUGUACUAGAAAGAGCGUUGAAUUCUACUCAUCCUGUCUAUGCUCAAAAAUAUACAGAAUGGGUGUUACAAGGCUAUCACGAUGUUCACCAAGAGGAUGGAAAGAAAGGUUUUAAGAAGUACACACAGACAAUGGAGAGAUUCAAGGAAGUGAGGAUGAGGGGCCGUAAGAGGACCAGCAAUGGCGAUUGA